CUGUGUUUUUGCCCCAGCACAUGAACACUAGUGACGUUGCAGCCAGGUUGCAGCCAGUGUGCGCGUUCUCGUGGAGCUUUUCCGGUGUCGUUUCCUGUGUUUGUAAACUGACCUGAGCUAGAAUAAAAGAGUGGAAUUGAGCAGUACUAAGAAAAGACAUUGCUGCAUGAUAGAGUUCGAUGAGACUUGCGUGACACUUGGUCCAAACUGACGUCUCCUCUACACAUCUCGCCUGUCUCUCAAGCGCUGUCCACCACCAUGUCACACAUACCCGGCAGCUCGGUCCGGGACCACAUGAAAUGGGCAGGGCUGUUGGGAUGUGAAGCGGUGCUGUCCAGCAUGGCUCUGAUGCAGGCCAGUUCCAUCGCUGCUCCUAAGAAAAUGAUCUCACCCUUGGGUCCGGCUUCAGGCCACGGUUCAGCCCAGAGGGAUGCACAGGACCGUGGGAUGCAAGGACACAUGGUCUUACCAACGAGCAUGACCUGCCCUCCACUGGUUAGGAGACACCUUCAAGCCAUUGAUUUUAGAGAUGCACUGAUCGACCAGGAACCAGAAUUAGCCAAUUUUCUGCAUGACCGGCCGGUCAGUCUGCCGAUUCCGCUUCUGCGGAAGGAGGUUGAUUUUACAGCUCCCCGAUUGCUGGAUGAGAAGGAAAUGAGACCCAAUGAAGACAUGCAGCUGAAGAAAAAGAACAGGAAGUCGGGAACACCCUCCAAAGUGAGAGAGCAGGACGGGCAAGCAGGGAAGGCGGUUGUGGAUGAAAAUGGAAAUUGUCCACUUUCAAAAGUCCAGAAGAACUUUAUCUGUGAUCACUGCUACGGGGCUUUCAGGAGUGGGUACCACCUGAAGAGACACAUUCUCAUUCAUACUGGAGAAAAGCCAUUUGCAUGUGGCGUGUGUGACAUGAGAUUUAUUCAGCGCUACCACUUGGAGCGACACAGCCUCACUCACACUGGAGUGAAGCCGUAUGCUUGUUCCAUGUGUGACAUGCGGUUUUUCCAACGUUACCACUUGGAGAGGCACAGCCUCACUCAUACUGGGGUCAAACCAUAUGCUUGCACCAUGUGUGACAUGAGAUUUUUCCAAAGAUACCACCUUCAGCGACACAGCCUCAUUCAUACGGGGGUGAAGCCGUAUGCUUGCUCCAUGUGUGACAGGCGUUUUUUCCAACGUUACCACCUCCAGAGACACAGCCUCACACAUACGGGAAUGAAGCCGUAUGCUUGUUCCAUGUGUGACAUGAGGUUUUUUCAGCGUUACCACCUGCAAAGACACAGCCUAACCCAUACGGCAGUGAAGGAAAAAUCUAUUGCAACUUGUAACGGUAAUCCCCACCCCUGUCUAGCUGGUGGGGUGAAGCCAUUUGCUUGCACAAUGUGUGAUAUGAGGUUUUUCCAACGCUACCAUCUCCAGAGACACACCAUCACCCAUACGGGGGUGAAGCCGUAUGCUUGUUCCAUGUGUGACAUGCGUUUUUUCCACCGUUACCACCUGCAGAGACACAGCCUCACUCAUACUGGGGUGAAGCCUUAUGCUUGCACCAUGUGUGACAUGCGUUUCUUCCAACGUUACCAUCUACAGAGACACAGCCUCACCCAUACGGGGGUGAAGCCGUAUGCUUGCUCGAUGUGUGACAUGAGGUUUUUUCAGCGUUACCACCUGCAGAGACACAGCCUCACUCAUACGGGGGUGAAGCCGUAUGCUUGCUCGAUGUGCGACAUGCGGUUUUUCCAACGAUACCACUUGGAGAGGCACAGCCUCACUCAUACUGGAGAGAAGCCGUUUGCAUGUGACAUGUGUGACAUGCGGUUCAUUCAGAGGUACCAUCUGGAGAGACACAAGCGUGUUCACAGUGGUGAAAAGCCUUACCAGUGUGAGCGCUGCCAGCAGAGCUUCUCCCGGACAGACAGACUGUUGAGACACCGGCGAUUGUGUCAGGGUCGUGGCGUGGCAAAAGUCGAGGCCCAGCCUUGUUCUUUCACCCAGGAGCCUCCCGCAGCCCCUCCGUCCACGUGGAGUCCUCUACAUCCCGCCCCGGGCCGACUCGCAGUCUGACACCAUACUCUUUAGACGACAGCACACCCAGACCUCUCUCAGAGACGCUGGCACCGUGGCUCCACCUGCUGACAGAGAGUUGCGCUACAGACAGGGUGAGGGGAAAUUCUCCUCUUUUGUUUCUUUAUUUAGAAACAAACAAGGUUCUCUUUUGAUCAUUGAGGGUUG